AUGUUUGCGCAGCGCCAGAUCGCUCGCGCUACCCAGCGCCUCACUGCCCAGGCCCGCGCCCAGGCCCAGCGCCGCUUUGCCAGCACCGAGACCGAGAACAGCUUCGUCCGCGAACGCCGCCAUGUGAAGGAGCACGCCGGUCCCACCACUGCUAACAAGGGCAACCCCAACAGCGGCAUCCCCCCCGCGCUCAUCCUCGCCGGCGCCAACGCCUACAUGCUCUGGAACGAGCAUUGGGAACACUGGUCGCAUAUGCCCCCUCUCGAGGAGCGCGUCGAGUACCCUUACCAGAACAUCCGCACCAAGAACUACCAAUGGGGCGAUGGUGACAAGACCCUCUUCUGGAACGACUCGGUCAACUACCACAACAAGGACAAGACCACCUAA